AUGGAUUUGGCAGAUUCUUUGGCACGUGCACAUAUAAGCCGACCGCCUGUGAAUGCAUCUUCGAUGGAUCCAUCUAAGCAGGCAUUCCUGAUACAACAAUCUCUGAACAAAUUUGUUGGUGCUACCGGGGAGCAGCUUGCUCCAGGCGCUGUUCCUCAGCAACCUGUCUUGGCAGCAGGUUUGGCGCCAUCUGCUCAUGGCCUUUCGUCACUCCAAGGGCAUCAUCUCAACAACAUGGUUGCUGCCAUACAAAAGCAAGCUCAGAAUGUCACAUUCCUACAAAACUCGCCUGGAACCGCACAGGGAACGCCUCAACUUGGCCCACUGGAUGUAGCAGCCAUCACAGAAAAGGCUCAUCGUCUUUAUCAAGCCGGAGACUAUGCAAAUGCAGAGCGGCAUUGUCUCAUGAUCUAUCAGCAGGAUCGCACUAAUGUCAGCGUGCUUCUUCUUCUUUCCUCCAUUCAUUUCCAGUUGAAGAAUCUCGAAAAGUCAAAGCAAUUCUCGACUUUGGCUAUCCAAGCCAACAAUCAAUGUGCGGAGGCUUACAGUAAUCUAGGGAAUGUGUUUAAGGAACGUGGAGAGUUGGCUGAAGCACUUGAGAACUACAAAUAUGCUGUAAGGCUGAAGCCCGAUUUUAUCGACGGUUACAUCAAUCUGGCAGCCGCCCUUGUAGCUGGAGGAGAUCUCGACCAAGCUGUAGCUGCAUACUUGAGUGCUCUCAAUUAUAAUCCGGAACUUUACUGUGUGCGAAGCGACCUAGGUAACUUGCUGAAGGCAAUGGGUCGCUUGGAAGAUGCAAAGAUUUGUUAUCUGAAAGCAAUCGAGACUCAGCCGCAAUUUGCAGUAGCUUGGUCAAACCUUGGAUGUGUGUUCAAUGCUCAGGGCGAGAUUUGGCUAGCUAUCCACCAUUUUGAAAAGGCCGUACAACUUGAUCCCAACUUUUUGGAUGCCUACAUUAACCUAGGAAAUGUCCUCAAGGAAGCUAGAAUAUUCGACAGAGCUGUAGCUGCGUAUCUACGUGCGUUGAACCUUGCUUCGAACCAUGCAGUCGUUCAUGGAAAUCUUGCUUGCGUAUACUAUGAACAGGGUCUGAUAGACUUGGCAAUUGAUACAUAUCGACGGGCAAUAGAACUGCAGCCAAAUUUCCCGGAUGCUUACUGCAAUUUAGCAAAUGCUUUGAAGGAGAAGGGAUUGGUACAAGAGGCUGAAAAUGCUUAUAUGACAGCGCUAGGGCUUUGUCCUACUCAUGCUGACUCGCAAAAUAAUCUAGCCAAUAUCAAGCGUGAACAAGGAAAGAUUGAAGAAGCAACGAGAUUGUACUUGAAGGCACUUGAGAUCUAUCCCGAAUUUGCUGCUGCACAUAGUAACCUAGCUUCUAUUCUUCAACAACAAGGGAAAUUACAAGAGGCAAUUUUGCACUACAAGGAGGCGAUCCGCAUCGCUCCAACAUUUGCUGAUGCAUAUUCGAACAUGGGCAAUACCUUGAAGGAGAUGGGUGAUGCAGCAAAUGCAAUGCAGUGCUACACUCGAGCUAUUCAAAUCAAUCCUGCAUUCGCCGAUGCUCAUUCAAAUCUAGCUAGUAUCCACAAGGAUUCCGGAAACAUUCCUGAUGCCAUACAAAGCUACUCUACAGCUCUCAAAUUGAAACCGGACUUUCCCGAUGCAUUCUGUAAUCUAGCACAUUGUUUGCAAAUCAUAUGUGACUGGACAGACUAUGACAACCGUAUGAAACGGCUGGUAGCUAUUGUUGAUGACCAACUGAGUAAGAAACGUCUACCAUCCGUGCACCCACACCAUUCCAUGUUGUAUCCGCUGACACACCAGACCCGAAUUGCCAUCGCUGCGAAGCAUGCUCAGCUCUGCACUGAAAAAGUGGCGAUGCUCAAUCAUCCGCCAUUCAAUUAUCCAGACCGUUUGAGUGUUCGCAAUGGCGUUUCUCGUCUUCGUAUUGGAUACGUAUCAUCAGAUUUCGGCAACCAUCCGACUAGUCAUCUGAUGCAGUCAAUUCCUGGAAUGCAUGAUCGUUCUAGAAUAGAGGUGUUUUGCUAUGCACUAUCUGCGAAUGAUGGUACUAACUUCCGGCAAAAGUUGAUGAAUGAAUCAGAGCAUUUCAUUGAUCUUUCGCAGAUUGCUUGUAAUGGCAAGGCAGCUGAUCGUAUCAACCAAGAUGGAAUACACAUUCUUAUAAAUAUGAAUGGUUACACCAAAGGUGCUCGCAAUGAGAUAUUCGCACUGCGACCUGCACCUAUUCAAGUCAUGUGGCUAGGAUAUCCUGGUACCUCUGGAGCGCCUUUCAUGGAUUACAUCAUUACCGAUGCAGUGACGUCUCCACUUAGGCUAGCUCAUGCAUAUAGUGAGAAGCUCGCUUAUAUGCCUCACACUUUCUUCAUUGGAGAUCACGCUCAGAUGCUCAAACACCUCACCGAGCGAGUGAUUUUGAAGGACAAAUGUGCUCCAGGAGAUAAGGACAAUGUUGCAGUAGUUAACGCAACCAACCUGGAACCGUUGCUUAGCAAGGCUGAUGUAAAGCACACCAUACGAGAGACGGAAGUCGUUUACGGUCCUGCCAAGGAAAAGAUCAAGACAGAAGUGGUUGUGCCCGUUGUUGAGUUCCAGGUUCCGACAACCGAACCUCUCAAACAGAUGAUCGGUGGCGGUUUGAUUGCCAGCAGCGUCGUCGAUGGCGUUCAUGUUCACAACGGUCUGACUCAAAUCCAAAUGCAUCACAAAGCGGCUACUGGCGAAGAAGUUCCACAGUCUUUACUUCUCACUAGCCGCCAGCAGUACAGCUUACCAGAUGAUGCGAUUGUUUUCUGCAACUUCAAUCAGUUGUAUAAAAUUGAUCCACCCACACUUGAUAUGUGGAUUGAGAUAUUGAAACGCGUUCCUAGGAGUGUUUUAUGGUUGUUACGAUUUCCUUUUCAUGGUGAGCCUAAUGUGCAGAAGUACUGCUCUGAGAGGGAUAUCGAUCCUAAACGGGUGGUGUUUAGUCAUGUUGCGGCUAAGGAAGAACAUGUGAGGCGAGGUCAGUUGGCUGAUGUAUGCCUUGAUACACCGUUAUGCAACGGUCACACUACGGGAAUGGAUAUUUUAUGGACGGGAACUCCGAUGGUCACAAUGCCAUUGGAAACUUUGGCAUCUCGUGUCGCAUCGUCUCAGUUAUACGCACUUGGAGUACCUGAGCUUGUUGCCAAAAGCAGAGAGGAUUACAUCAAUAUAGCAGUAAAGCUUGGCACGGAUAAGAAUUAUUUAUCAGCAAUUCGCGCAAAAGUUUGGAAAGCCCGCACUACAUCUACACUGUUUAACGUGAAGCAGUACUGCACGGAUAUGGAGUCAUUGUUGCAUCUGAUGUGGCGACGUUACGAGGAGGGUCGCCCUGUCGAUCAUCUAACGCAAGGAUCUGCACAAGUAGAUUUUUGAAUUUGCUGCAGUCGACAGAAGUAUAGGCGGUGAUUUUGAGAUUCCAACCAUCUAUUUAAUGUUCGGUCAUCAUCUGAUAGUAGUUGUUUGUAGUUUAUACCCGGCAGCUUUUUACAUGCUUACAUUGUUGUUUGUGAAAUUCUUUAUUUACAUCAUCAAGUCAAAGCCCUGGGUAGUGUUAGUGCGGUGUUUUUUUUUAGUUUUUCGUUUGUUUCUUUAAUCAACGCCGAACAUGAUUCCAAACACUAAGACCUGUAUAGCAUCCGAUUGGUGAGUAUUAUGACCUCCGUGAGGUCUCUUCCCGUUUUUUAUUAUUUCUUUCUUUCUCUCCAACACCUACUAACUAGUUUGUAAAGUGUUUCUAUGUUGUUAUUGGGGUUUCCCCGAUGUUGUGUAAACUGAGAAGCUAGAGUUGGUGAGAAUUAUUUAUCUGUACACUGGUGUUAAAUGGAACCGCACUUUGAUUGAUAGUCUGCUGGCUUCUAGGCCGGAGUUGAAAUCAAAUGAAAGUCGCAGC